UCGAAUUUCACUACGCGUGCGUGAAGCAUUCUCUUCGGUGACGUCGUGCAACGUCGUUUCCUUUUCCGCUUGGCUCUGAAAAAGAAGCAAGAUGGUACAGCGACUAACCUAUCGACGACGCUUGUCGUACAACACAAAAAGCAACAGGAGGCGUGUUGUACGUACGCCAGGAGGCAAGCUAGUCUAUCAAUAUCUUAAGAAACCUAAGAAGAUUCCGAGAUGUGGACAAUGCAAAGAUAAGCUUAGAGGUAUUCAACCCGCAAGGCCAAUGGAACGCUCACGUAUGUGCAGACGUAAGAAGACUGUAAAACGUGUAUACGGAGGUGUUCUUUGUCACAAAUGUGUAAAAGAAAGGAUUGUACGUGCGUUCUUGAUUGAGGAACAGAAGAUUGUCUAUAAGGUUAUGAAAGCACAACAGGCUUCAGCGAAGACAAAAAAAGUGGAGAAGUAAUUCCGUGCUUUUUAUUAAUUAAAUAAAAUAAAUCCAAAAAAAUUUAA